AUGUCCUCAGAAACCAACGCGCGGACGUUCUUACCAGUCGAGCUUUGGCUGCACAUAUUCCGUCUCUCGACUCUUUCGCCUCUGACGACCCGCCUGUAUACUGCCUCAUAUAGGCCGUUCCAGACCAUACCGCUGGUGGCCGAGGAUGAGUCCGUGACGAAGAAGACCAAGUCUGCGCUCGUCCGGGUGUGCAAGCAGUGGCGAGCGUGGGCCCUGGACCUGCUCUUCGAAGACCUCUGGAUAGAGCGUCCGGAGAAGCUCUGCUCGCUUUUAGGAGACGGGUCGGAUGCCGCAGGGUGCGGACGCUGGGUGCGCCGUGCCAACCUCCCGUACACAAGCUCGGCGACGGUGAGCCCCCGCCCGCUCGAGGCGAUCAAGGUGCUCGAGCGGUGUCCGCGGCUCGAGGUGCUGGUGCGCAAGGGUCCGAGCCAGAGAGACUUCGACAUGCGCUUCGAGUUCGCGACCGAGUGCCCUGCGCUGCCCUCGCUGAAACGCCUCGACUGGUGGCACGUCAACGAGGCCGCCCGUUCUGGCGGGAUCAACCUGCUCGGCGACGUCCUCCAGAACGCGCCGAACGUGCAGUACCUGUCCUUGGGCGGGUACGUCAGGUUCACGACCCUCUCCGUGAACGGUACCUCCAUCGUGCUCCCCUCCCUGACGACUCUCCGCUUCCUACGCCUGAACGCGCAGCUCGUGCGGCAGGCGUGCUAUUGGUCUAUGCCCGCCCUGCGGCACAUCAUCAUAGACACCGUGGAAGACGUAGCCGUGCUGGAGAUGUUCUGGGAGUCCUUCGGCGAGCAAGUGCGCACCAUCGAGCUCGGGCACUACCUGAGCUACUUCGUCUACGACUGGCUGUCCUUCAUCCUCCGCGGCUGUCCCUCCGUCACGGAGCUCAACUACUACAUCCACUUCACGGCUGUGCCGACAUUCGAUGAUGAGAAAGACACCUUCCCCCACCUCACUACGAUCGGCCUCCACGCCCAGCCAAACAUGAUGAUCGCGCCGGAGAGCUCGGGAUACUGGGGGCGCAUCCAGUCUCACUUCACGAUGCUCUGUCGCCCCUGCUUCCCCGCUGUGAAGAGGGUAUUGCUCCACGGCGACUGGAACGGGAUCAUGAGUGACAUCCGCUAUCCCUUCCUCGUACAGCCACUGCUUGACCGCCGUAUUACCAUAGAACGCGUGGAUGCCUAG